AUGUCUGCACUAGAGGAGCAUGCCUUUCUUCAACUUUUAAAGAAAAUAGAAAAGGAAAAGUAUGUUCCAAACAUUGGGGAACGUGCUAUUCUUUGUCGGACAAUUAAUAGUACAUUUAAUCCAGUGGGGUUGUAUUUCUCUGCCGUUGGUGGAGUUUGUGGAUUUCUCUCAAUGAGUUGUGCGCGGGGCCUUUAUAUGAGGUGUUUAAGUUCACUAAUGGGUUCGUUAUAUUCGUUUGAACUCUCGUGGUCUUUGUAUGACCAUAGUCCUUGCUCAAAUUUUUUUAACGAUAUUCGCUCAGUGGAAGGUCAAAUAGGGAAAAAAGCGAGUGAACAUUACUUACUUGGAAACUUGAAUGUUUAUCAUCGAUCUAUUUUUAGAGCUGCUUUCGAUUUUCUUAUCUUUGAUAGGACAUCAAAAUGGUUGUGUUCUGUAUUUCUGGGAUCUACAGAUUGUUUGCAAUGGUUGUCACAUUAUAAAAUGGAGUGGUUUGAUGGGUUACCUAUAGAUCCCUUAACACUAUGGUAUUGGAGAUAUAUGUUGCAAGGGCAAACUGAAAGAUGA